AUGAAGGAAUUUGAGCAGUGUGCAGAGGAGCAUCUGCUUCCUUCAGAGAAGAUCUUGGGGCGUAUGGUUCAAGGCUUCAGGGAUGUCGAGCUUUCUCCAAAGCUCAGCGAUGUGCGCUCCGCGGACGCCGCCAUUUGGUUGAUCGGGCAUACUCUGACGGAUGGAGUGCUUGGACAUUUGUGGGCAGUCACACGUGGCCUCAUGGAUAUGGCCGAGGAUGUGGUCUCGGACGUCGCCCAGUACUUCGGCGGCUUGCCAGCUGGCUGCAACGAUGAGAGACCAGCUGGUGGCGCCGGCUUGGGCUGCGCAGAAACAACGGGGGCGACAUCUGCAAGCUGCUGCUCUGAGCCUUCGCUUAAGUCCUGA